CUAGCCAAACUACUUGCGGGCCCGACCGCGCACUAGGGGGCCGCAGCCUCGCUCUGGCCUCGCCCCCUCUCAACGUCAUCGCGCGAUCGCCCUGGAAACGCAUUCUCGGAGAAACUGGCAGCCCCAAUGGGAAGGGAGCGAGUGCCACGAACGGACCAAUAGGGAGGGAGCGGUGCUGGGUUUAAACUCGAGGCAGAGCCGGCUCCUCCCGGUGUGCUGCGGAGGAACGGCUGUAGGUCGGUGGUGGGUUCAGGUCUCCUGCGCGUCGGGGCUCCAGCGCUCUGCCCCUCCUCACCGAGCUGCUGCCUGGUGAAGAGGAAGCCAUGGCCCUCCGCAUCACCAGGAACACGAAAAUAAAUACUGAAAGUAAGGCGAAGCUCAGUAUGGCAGGCGCAAAGCGCGUGCCUGUGGCUACCGCUGCAGCCUCUAAGCCCGGACUGAGGCCGAGAACAGCUCUUGGAGACAUCGGUAACAAAGUCAGUGAACAGCCACAGGCCAAACUGCCUCUGAAAAAGGAAGCAAAACCUUUCGCUGCUGGAAAAGUUACUGCUAAAAAAAUACCAAAACCUCUGGAAAAGGCCCCCGUGUCUGUGCCUGUACCUGAGCCAGAGCCACAACCUGAGCCUGUUAAAGAAGAAAAACUUUCGCCUGAGCCUAUUUUGGUUGACACUCCCUCUCCAAGCCCAAUGGAAACAUCUGGAUGUGCCCCUGCAGAAGAAUAUCUGUGUCAGGCUUUCUCUGAUGUAAUUCUUGCAGUGAGUGAUGUUGAUGCAGAAGAUGGAGCUGAUCCAAACCUUUGUAGUGAAUAUGUGAAAGAUAUCUAUACUUAUCUGAGACAACUUGAGGAAGAGCAAGCAGUCAGACCAAAAUACCUACUGGGUCGUGAAGUCACUGGAAACAUGAGAGCCAUCCUAAUUGACUGGCUAGUACAGGUUCAAAUGAAAUUCAGAUUACUGCAGGAGACCAUGUACAUGACUGUUUCCAUUAUUGAUCGGUUCAUGCAGAACAACUGUGUGCCCAAGAAGAUGCUACAGCUGGUUGGUGUCACGGCCAUGUUUAUUGCAAGCAAAUAUGAAGAAAUGUACCCUCCGGAAAUUGGUGACUUUGCCUUUGUGACUGACAACACAUACACUAAGUACCAAAUCAGACAGAUGGAAAUGAAGAUUCUAAGGGCUUUAAACUUUGGACUGGGUCGGCCUCUACCCUUGCAUUUCCUGCGGAGAGCAUCUAAGAUUGGAGAGGUUGAUGUUGAGCAACAUACUUUGGCCAAAUACCUGAUGGAACUAACUAUGUUGGACUACGAUAUGGUGCACUUUCCUCCUUCUCAGAUUGCAGCAGGAGCUUUUUGCUUAGCACUGAAAAUUCUUGAUAAUGGUGAAUGGACACCAACUCUCCAGCAUUACCUGUCAUACACUGAAGAUUCCCUUCUUCUUAUUAUGCAACACCUGGCUAAGAAUAUAGUCAUGGUGAAUCGUGGGCUUACAAAGCACAUGACUAUCAAGAACAAGUAUGCCACAUCUAAGCAUGCUAAAAUUAGCACUCUAGCACAGCUAAAUUCUGCACUACUUCAAGAUUUAGCCAAGGCUGUGGCAAAGGUGUAACUUGUGAAUUUUAGUUGGAUGGAAUACUAUAAUAUCUGCAAAUAAAAUUGGCACCAUGUGCCAUCUGUACAUAUUCUAUGUUACUUUUACUUACUUUUAAUAAAGUUUGUGGUCUUUUUACUUCUU